AUGGCAGAUGGAAAGCCUAAUAAAAACGAGUCAUUUAGCUCUAUGGGGACAAAUGGCAAUUAUGAAGGCCAUACCCUGGGAAAUUUCUCUUCAAGAUGGAAAUUCAUUGAGAAUGCAAGGAUUGAUGCUAAAAGGGUUCUUGAAAUUCUUCAACAGGAUGGUCCGGGGUCUGAUGCAAAAGUGGCUUUAGAUGAUUUGCAAAUAAGGGUUUCGGGUGUUCUUGUAAGAGAAGUUCUUGUUGGAAUCUUGAAAACAAUAAAUUAUGCAAAUAAGAAUCGGUGUGCUAAGUUGGGGUACAAGUUCUUUAUUUGGUGUGGGCAACAAGAGAAUUACAGGCACACAACAAGCUCAUACCAUUUGAUACUGAAGAUUUUUGCAGAUUGUGAGGAAUUUAAGGCAAUGUGGAGAUUAGUUGAUGAGAUGACUGAGAAAGGAUUCCCAGCUACUGCACGUUCCUUUAACAUAUUGAUAUGUACUUGUGGUGAGGCGGGCUUAGCGAAGAAAGUCGUAGAAAGGUUUAUCAAGUCGAAGACAUUUAAUUAUAGGCCAUUCAAGCAUUCUUAUAAUGCAAUUCUACAUUCUCUUCUUGCGGUCAACCAAUGCAAGUUGAUUGAGUGGGUGUAUCAACAGAUGUUGGGUGAAGGCCAUUUCCCCGAUGUUUUAACUUAUAAUAUCCUUAUGUGUGCUAAGUAUAGGCUGGGGAAGCUGGAUCAGUUCCACAGAUUACUAGAUGAAAUGGGCAGGAAUGGAUUUUCACCGGAUGCUCAUACAUUCAAUAUCCUUCUUCAUGUACUUGGAAAAGGAGACAAACCUCUAGCAGCGCUUAAUCUUUUGAACCACAUGAAGGAGGAGGGUUUUGAAUUGAGUGUUCUUCACUUCACCACGUUGAUAGAUGGGCUCAGUCGGGCCGGGAAUUUGGAUGCCUGUAAGUAUUUUUUUGAUGAGAUGAUCAAACAUGGGUUCGUGCCCGAUGUGGCUUGUUACACUGUUAUGAUCACAGGAUAUAUUGUGGCAGGAGAGUUUGACAAGGCUCAGGGAAUGUUUUAUGAGAUGUUCACUCGAGGGCAAAUGCCAAAUGUGUUUACAUACAAUUCUAUGAUUCGUGGGCUUUGUAUGGGGGGAAAGUUUGAGGAGGCAUGCUUGAUNACCCAUUCCAGUUAA